CCCAAACGCGAAAAUCUCUUGCUGCUGCUACUGUUGUUGUCAUCGUCGCCGCCGUCGUUUGGUCGCAGUUGGUCGCCGUCGUCGAUUUUAAUGUUUUUCGCGCAAAACCGUGGCUAGGAGUUUUUGUUUUAUGUUUUGUGAAGCUUGAAAAUUAAUGGUGAACUUGAACGUGUGAGCAAUUGAUUGGUAACCAGUGCGAACGCCUCGUAGAAUUCGUCGGAAGAUACUACUGUCAUAGCUGUCAUCGCGGGUGACAGCAUACGUCGUCGCCCACAGCAACGUCUUUUUUUCUUCUCUGACCGGGGGUCAAACCUAAUCGCAAAGCAACAUUCGUGCGUGAAGUCGUUGUAUGUGUGCGUAGGUGUCAUCGAUGCGAGGCAAUCCUUUUCUUUCCAAGGACAUUGGAGAUACGGUCCUUUCCGGUUCGUGGUUUAGUGAUUAAACGGGCGUGAAAGUGUUCAUCCAUGGAUUUGCUCUCGGUAGUAAACAGUCGAUUAGUGGGAUUUACACUGAAUAAAACUUAACAGCGCGAUAUGAGUGUCUGAUGCGCCAUUCUGGUGAUCAAAGUAAUCCAAAUACCUCAAACAGAUGAAAUCAUCACAGUAAACGGUGACCAGUUUUUAGAUGAGAAUAAAAUAGAUCGUCUUUUUAUAAGAUGAGUGCCUUACAGGACCGAAAGCAGGAAUACUGAUGUUUACAAAAUCGCAAGCAAACCGAUAGUACAAAACUAUAUCGAAACACUAUUUUAAAUCAACGGUAAUCAGUUCGAUUUCAGAAGAAACCCAAUACAAAAACGUCACAUUUUACACACUUAAGUGGAUAAUUCGAAACAGUGUACAAACCGACUACAACUUUCAAGUUGGAUCCGACCGGCGGAGAGUUUAGCAGCACCGAUUUGCUGCACAGAUUCGGCAACAAAUCGUUGCCGUUCGUGGGCCAUCCGCCGCAUCCAGCGCAGUUCUACCAGUCUGCGUUGCCGUUGCUGCAACCGUCGGUACCGGCACCAUCGCCGACACCACCGCAAUCCCAGUCGGACGAAACGCGAAAGGGCCCCAUCAAGAUGGAACCAGUGGGACAAGAAACUGAUCUAGGCUAUCUUCAAGAAAACCAAGCCCAACAGUACGGUGAAGUGAACCAACUGGGAGGAGUGUUCGUCAACGGCCGACCCCUCCCGAACAGCACCCGCAUGCGAAUCGUCGAACUGGCCCGGCUCGGCAUUCGACCGUGCGACAUCUCCCGCCAGCUCCGCGUCAGCCACGGUUGCGUCUCCAAAAUACUAGCACGCUACCACGAAACCGGCUCGAUCCUCCCGGGAGCCAUCGGGGGCUCGAAGCCCCGUGUCACCACCCCCAAGGUCGUGACCUACAUCCGUGAGCUCAAGCAGAAAGACCCCGGCAUUUUCGCGUGGGAAAUCCGGGACCGGUUACUCUCCGACGGCGUUUGCGACAAAAACAACGUACCCAGCGUUAGUUCGAUCUCGAGGAUCCUGCGGAACAAACUCGGCAACAUCACCCACCACCACACCGGCAGUCACACCCCGCACACGCCCCACCUCUACAACUCGAUCUACCCCUCGUACCCCUACACGACGGCCAACUCGCUCAAGUCGGAAAUGUCCUGCGGCGGGGGAAGCCCGUCGCCACCGACUUCGGGAGUGACCCCGAUCCGAUCACCUCACCACCACUGUUGGCCCUCGUCGCACUCCGUCACCGACAUCCUGGCCAACGUGCACCACCAGGCGGCCGUGGCGGCGCUACGCAACGGCGGCAACGUUCCAACGUCCCAGUGCCACACGACGCCCCCGCCACCGUCGCUCGGGUCCGUCGUGCCGAACAUGGCCGCGGCCAACAUGCAGCACCAGAUGCAGGACAGCGCCCACCACCAGUCGCCCAACUCGUACAACUACUACAUGUAUCUGCAGAGCGGCGGUAUGCACCACGGCGGACUGGCGAGCGCAUCCGGCUUAUAGGAUCCCGCCGGCGGCGGUGGCACUGGUGGUGCGAGACCGCCGGUGUCGGCCUCGCUGUUUGCUCAGAGUGUGCUGUUCUAAGGGCGGUGGGCGGGGCCACGGAUGUUCGUGUUAGGUCAAAUUUUACGAUGCGGCGGAAUGCGAGUGAAUGCGGGGAGGGGAAACUAAAUGCUGUUCAAUUAGUUUGUAGAUAAGUGUUUUAAUAGUUUUUAUUUUUGUCUUCGGUUUUAGUGAACUGAAGAGAGGGAUUUGAGCAAAGAAAAAUGCAAGCUGGUUAGAAGCUGAGAGGGGAUGUUAGGGAAGGCAAUUGUGGGGAACUUUAGUGGGAGGAAAACUUCAAAACCAGUGCAAUAUGAGCUAUUAGGAACCAGUUAAUUCGUUUCAGUUGACUUAGUUUUACGAUUAGUAUGACCUGUGCACCGUGAUUGUUUGGUAAAGCCGUUAUGAAACUUUGCCAUUGGAAUUGUGAUAAAAAUUAGAUUGAUAAUUAUAAAAAUCUAUGUGGAAAAUUUUCUAAAUAUGCGCCAUGGCAACAAGGAUUGCUUUUUAGAUUUGUUUACCUAUUUCCACCCUGGAUUUUAUUUGCACAAAAUCAUUCUAUUUCUGUCCCACCGACCAACUCCAGCUCAUACUGUGUGACUCCUUAAAACUAUUCAAAUUAGCAUUGAAUUAAACAUAUUUAGCAGAUCUGCCAAAAUAGAUCAAUGAAUCACGAAAUUCCACUGCUUACUUAUGUUUGCUAUUUCUAAAACUAGUUGAACGUUGUUGUUGUUGUUCGAAAAUCGCCCGUGUGUGUAAUCUAGAUAUUUCUCCAAAUAUCACCGACACGAUUGACCUAAAACAUGGCGGAUUUUCCCAAAUUAGAUUAAAAUUGGAACGAAAGUUGUUUAUUUCUCGACAUGCAUUUGCAUGACACGGUGACGAGCGGGAUCUGGUGUUUGCUGGAUUUCUUUCUAUAACAAAUUAUGUCACAUGUAACUUUUUUUUCUACCAUCAAGCUUAAUAACGCAGGAGUUUUAAAUUGCAUCGAUGUUUGGAAUUUGAUAGAUCUAAGGAUUUUAUCGACCGAAUUAAAUUAAUUUUUUUAGUAUAAUUUUAAAGAAAAUAAUUAGUAGUUUAAGACCUAGGCGUUUUCAUCGCCACGACGGCAACAACUAGACGCCGCGAUUAUAUCGUUGGGUCGUUGCAGGCAAUCUUCCAUAUACUUACGCUUCCAUACCGACGGUGAAAGAAUCGCAGGUGCCAAGCGAUGCAAUCGCGUCGCGAUUGACGCAUCGUGUAUAUUUGGGGGAACCUUUAUGAAAUUAUAUUAGUCCUGUCCAAAGAGCAGCUUGAAGUCGCUCUAAGUUAUUCCCAUCCUGUUUGUUUUCAUUUGUUGACAAAAAAGAACGGGUAGGAUGGGAUAAACUUCGAGCGACUUCAAUCUGCUCAUUAGACAGCACCUGACAGCACUAUUGCUGAAUACAUUCGAAUGAACCUCCUUAUAAAGUGAAUCUUUCGUAAUCAUUUAUUCUAUAGAAAUUAAGUUUACAUAUGCUUAAGGAACCAUAUUGGGUAUGUAUAUCCCGAUGAUGAGGACAUUGCAAAAGUUCUGGUUGAUCUGGUAGAUACCUUGGGCUGAUCUCGAGAACUUUGAACAUCCCGUACUCUUGAUAAUUAAUCACUGGUUUAGCGUACAUUCAGCUUUUCCCGCACGGUAAUAAUGACCAGCGAAUGUUUGAAAAUCGAUCCAUCAUGUACAGCUGGCUGCGACUUGACAGGUCUGCUAGAACAGGAUUAAACGAAGUACAGGAAAGGGCACAUUUUUAAACCCACAUAAACCGCCAUUAGCGCGCUGGAUUUGAUUGAGAAUUUAAACAUUUUAGAUGUAUUUGCAAUCUCUGAAACAUGAAAUCUCUCAAAGUUUGCGGAUAUCUGAGACCUCAGGUUAAAGUCAUAUUCGACCUCCGAUAUUUUUCAUGGGAAGCCAACAUUCUGAUCUAUAAUUUAGCUGAAAAAAAGUGAGGAUUUUACACUGCCAAUCUAAAAUGUUGGGCAAAUAUGACCCAUCCGUUUUGAAGGGAUUGAAAUAAUUUUGUUUUAGCUUUUUUGUAUGUCCUGAGCAACAAAAUAUUUGAGAGACACACCAUGGUGUGAACAGCAAGAUUGAGGUUCUGCCUCAUUCCUGAGAAAUUCUGCCAUUCCGCUUCCUGGAUUCAUCAACCUAGAGAAUACAAUUUCGACCCCGAUGCGAAAUUGGUUUUCCUCUAGAUGCCGUAUUUCUCAUCUUUCCACAAGAAAUCGCACACAACCGUAUCAACCUUUCGAGUUAAUGAUUACCUCUGGCAAAACUGCCAGAAUAUCCGCAAAAAUCACCUUAGGGUCGUUUUGCCUCGGGGGUGCAUAUUACCCCCCUUUUAUCAUAUAUCGAAUGGGAAUAAACGAAUUCAGAAAUAACAUUUUAUUUUUUGUGAGGAAAUAUUGCACCAGUGUUGCCACAUAUUUUUCAAAAGUCAUUAGUUAAAUAUCUUUGAUCAGUACGAAAAGUUAAUGAAAAAUCUGUUAAUUAU